AUGGAAAAGGAGAUAAUAAGUAGAUAUCCGAGUUUGGCGAAGGAGAACAUAACAGCCGCAUACGAGCUGCCAUAUCUCGAUGAUCCACCCGGUGGUAUCGUCCCUGGUAGAAUAAGAGUACUUUCGAGUACAGCUAUAAACAAUGUCACGUAUCUGAGUGAAAAUGAGAUACUGAGUAACUCGAGUGUUGAGUUUGAGUGGUCAAACGAUACAAUAACAAAUUCAACAUUCUCAACAACAAUUGCUCGAUUAGAAACAAUUGGUAAUGCCACGGACAAUUACACUCUUAUAUCAAAUUUAUUUGUCUUCGAUGAUCUCAAUGAGUACAUUAAGAGACUCAAUUACAGUGUAUUCGUUAAUCUCACUACUUAUUAUGACACGGGAAUUGGAAUAAAUUCGACAAAAGUUAAUGAUACGUGCACCAGUAAUGAGACUAGUGAUGUUAAUUCCGAGUGUAAUGCCAGUCAGAAAUCCACUGUUAACAAUUGGUGGGCACUUAUUCUUGUUAUUGUACCGUGUUUAACGCUCUUUGGCAAUGUACUUGUUAUACUUGCUGUUGUGAGAGAGAGAGCACUACAAACUGUCACCAAUUACUUCAUCGUCAGUUUGGCACUUGCUGAUUUACUCGUUGCUGUUCUCGUUAUGCCAUUUGCUGUCUACGUACUGGUGAAUGGCACGUGGGCAUUACCGAGUUUUGUCUGUGACUUCUAUAUCGCGAUGGAUGUGACAUGCAGCACCAGUUCAAUCUUCAAUUUAGUUGCAAUAUCAAUUGACAGAUAUAUUGCAGUCACUCAACCAAUAAAGUACGCCAAACAUAAAAAUAAUAGGAGAGUGUGGUUGACGAUCCUUUUGGUCUGGGCGAUUUCAGCUGCGAUUGGGAGUCCAAUUGUUCUCGGCCUAAAUAAUACACCAGAACGACUUCCAGACUUGUGUUUAUUCUACAACUCUGACUUCAUCAUUUACUCAAGCCUCUCGAGUUUCUACAUCCCCUGCAUCAUCAUGGUCUUCCUCUAUUGGAAUAUAUUCAAGGCCCUUCGGAAUCGUGCGGCCCGAGCGAGAGCGAACAAAAAACCGAACUUGAAAGACAUGAAACCAGGAAGCAUCAUCGAGAAUAUAGUCCACACCCAGAGAUUCGCUGAGACAGCGCUGGGUACAGCUACUCUCGUUGGUGGAGUUCAUGAAGAGCCAACGAAUACGGCCUCGGGUAGCAACGAGGACGAGGACGAGACACCCCUGGAUCCAACAGCCUUCAGUGAAAAGGGCACAGAGUGUUUCAUGGCGACAGUCGUCGAAGAGGCAACUUGCUCGCGAUUCACCAUUUACAAAACCAACAAAGCGAGCAAGAAAAAGAGAGAAAAAAGUUCGGCAAAGAAGGAGCGCAAAGCGACUAAGACUCUAGCCAUUGUACUCGGUGUCUUUCUCAUCUGCUGGGUACCAUUUUUUACCUGCAACGUCAUGGAUGCCAUGUGUACAAAACUCCAGAUGAACUGCGAGCCCGGCGUUGCUGCCUUCAUCGUCACCUCCUGGUUAGGCUACAUGAACAGUUUUGUCAAUCCUGUCAUUUACACAGUAUUCAAUCCUGAAUUUCGAAAGGCAUUCCGUAAGUUGAUCAGGAUAUAAUUCUAAAAUACCCAACUAAAAUCAUUCCAGUCGAUCAUUCGUGUUCGACUACAGUCCGGAUAUCGAUCCCCGAGGUGAGUCAAACUCCAUUAUUUCUGGAUGAAAAUUCAUUCAAGUUUAGUUGGACUUGAUUUAAUAUUUGUCGGUUGCUGGAGGAGGUGAUGGAAGUCUACACUUGAUUGAAUUAAUUCCAUGAAAAACGUUCAACUGCUUGAUAUGAAUGACUGAUUGCCACCGCCGCAUGAUCAAUUGUGGAAGCAUUCAUGGCUGAUCACGCGGAUUCUCAUUCUCAUGUAGCCAAUUUAUGAAUUUAAUGCCGUCAAGAUCGUGACACUUGAUCUAUGAACGAGAUAGCUUGUUGUAUCAAAAUUAUAUCACUCAUCUGAAAUUCUGUACAAUUCCCUAUAUCCCGCAUAAAUCUAUUCAUCCGCACUAUUUACGCCAUCAAUCACAAUGUUCACGUUCCUAGAUCAAUAAUGAAAUAAUUUUGAUAUUAUGCUAUACGCGUUUUUGUAGAUAGAAAGAAAAUUGUAAAUAUAAUAUAUUUAGUACUCAUGCCGUAGCAGUAUUAUGCAAUAUUAUAGCGAUAUUUCCGGAAGAGUAUUUACCGCGUGAUAACCCGGGUAAAAAAAUUGUAAUGCGAAUAU